CCACCCCCUACGCUGCUUGUGUAUAAAAGCCAACUUACCAGCUUCAGAAACACCAUCAAGUUUCAGCGAUGAAAUUCACUUCACUCAACACCAUGGUCAUAUCUGCCGCAGUGAUGGCUGGCGUAGCUAUCGCAUCCGAUGAUCUAGUGUUAACACCCCAGAACAUGCCCUGCUACAAACCUGUGGGGUGUUCAACGGGCCUCAAAGGUUACAACAACGGCGACGAUUUUGGGUAUUUCUGUGUCAAUGGUAAAAUUGCCACCUAUGGACCAUGCUCGUGCAAACAUUGCUGCACAUACGACCAGUAUAACUUCAGUUGUUGAUGGGCCUCGAGGCUUGCUCAAAUCCACAAUGCCUGAGGACAGUUAGCAUGAUACGUGCGGAAGGGCGGGAAUGAGUGCUGUCAAUAAUAUGGUCGUAUCUCGUCGUCCAAGGAAUCGUAGGCAUUGUAACGUCAAAUAAUACACGCGAUUGACCAGGGCCUCUCUCGAUAUCGAUAAUUCACUUGCUAGAUGUUCGGAGCACUGCUUUGUAUAGCACUUCUAGUCUUUUCCGACCUCUCAGGAGUACUCCGACACAUUUACACAUUCAGCUCUCUGGGUGUUGGUCAGACACUCAUGGGAAGGAAAAUACACUGCAGUCACCUAUAACCUCG